AUGCAAUAUGCAACUGAAAAUAUUAUUCCUGUGACACUUGAGCUUGGUGGUAAAUCACCAAACAUCUUCUUUGAAGAUGUCAUGGAUAAAGAUGAUGACUAUUUAGACAAAGCGCUUGAAGGCUUUGCCAUGCAUCUCAAGAGCAACAAGACAAAAUCUUGGGUUGUAUUGCAACAGGUCGUGCUGAAGGUGCUCAACUGCUUACAGGCGGUGGUGAUCGUCAGGAAGUCGGUCAAGGUGCUGGUGUAUGGUCGCGUUCUGCGCAUACCUCUUAUCGUGCGGGUCGUGCGAUUGAAGCUGGUCGUGUAUGGACCAACUGCUACCAUAUCUACCCUGCACAUGCUGCAUUCGGUGGUUAUAAGAAAUCAGAUUAUGGUUGUGUAUUGCCAACACUCGCUACAGAAGUCGCACGUUCUGAUGAGGAGAUUAAACAACGCUAUCAACAAGAAUUACAACGCGGUCAUGCCCUAUUUACUCAACGCCUCGGGAGUGAAGAAAAAGCUUGGGGCGUCUUAUGUCAACUGGCUGAAUUACUUGCCAGUUCAGCAAUUUAUACAAAUCAGGCGUUUAGAGUCGGGCAAAAUAUCUUGGCGUUACAAUUCCAUGUCGAAGUUGCGGCAGAUGAUAUGGAAAAAUGGCUGA